AUGGCCACGUCGACGCGUGCCUGCCGGAGCGCUCCACGGGCACACGUCGCCGCGACGAUGCAGGCCACCCCCGGACCCCCUCUCUCGUCCAGCGACGCGCCACUGCUCCAGGAACCACGCAGACAUCUCCUUGUCGCCGACCCGCACCCGCCGUCGCCGGAGACAACAACUAAUCCCGCCGCGGACACACAGAUGCUCGCUUGCUCCGACCAAGUUGGGCACCGCCUAGUCUCGCCGUCGCCACCAAGAGGACCGCCAGGACGUGCUGAACAGGACGCCGCCCUCGCCUACCCCUCUAGCUCGCCGCAGCGCCCGCGCCAUGGUCGGCCUUGCCGCAGCACCUCGGUCCCCUUCCGCCCCUAUAAAAGGAGACUUCCUCUCGCUCAGUUCUCCACACCAGCACCCUCCCCUCCUCCUUCUCGACCUCCUCGACCACCUCCCCAUCUCGAUUAG